CCGUGUUUCCCCCUUUCCCCUGCGAAUUGGGUCGUUCAGAAUAUUGUAAUCAGAGCUCUGUUUCGAUUGGUCUCGUGGGGAUUUUGAAAGGUAUGGACCAGAAUUGCACGUAAUUUAGCUUGAACGGAUAGUUUUUGUCUGAGAAAAUGAUGAAGAAUUGCUUCAUCCUCCUUGAAAUUAUGUUGUUUAUAGCGAUAAUCUUACCAGGGGCUCUCACUGAGCCAGUUGAAGACAAGCAAGCAUUGCUUGAUUUCUUCCAUAAUAUCCCUCACUCGCCUUCUCUCAAUUGGAAUGAGAGUAGUUCUGUGUGCAGAGGCUGGGCAGGAGUGUUUUGCAACUCUGAUGAGUCUAGAGUAGUAGCCAUUCGAUUACCGGCGACCGGUCUGCUCGGUCCGAUUCCUGUCAAUACUCUUAGCCGCCUAUCUGCACUUGAGACUCUAAGCCUUAGAUUAAAUAGGAUAUCAGGGCCUUUCCCUUCUGAUCUUUCCCAGCUGGAAAACUUGAGUUCCUUAUAUUUGCAAUACAACGAGUUUUCUGGUCCUUUGCCUUUGGACUUUUCAGUUUGGAGGAACCUUAGUGUCCUUGAUCUAUCUAACAAUCUCUUUAAUGGGAGUAUUCCUUCUUCAAUCUCAAACUUGACCCAUCUGACUGUUCUGAAUCUUGCAAACAACUCGUUGUCGGGUGAAUUUCCCGACCUUGAUAUUCCGAGUUUGCAAUGGUUAGAUUUGUCUAACAAUAGUCUUACAGGAAAUGUGCCUCAUUCUCUUACAAGAUUUCCAAGUUGGGUGUUCUCCAAUAACAAUAUUACUGUAGAACACGGUGCAAUUCCCCCGUCUUUUCCGCUUCAGCCUCCCGGUUCUCGACCGACACGAAAAGGAAAAGGACUAAAUGAAUCUGCAAUAUUGGGUGUUGCAAUUGGUGGUUCUGUUGUUGGAUUAAUUUUGGUAGCAGUUUUGUUGACUGCUUGCUGGUUGAAAAGGGGAAAAGAAAAUGGUAGUUCCACUAUGGAGUCCAAAAAGAAGGAAACAUCUGUGAACAAAAGGGGAUUUGAGAGCCAAGAACAAAAGAACAACCUUAAUUUCUUCAUGGAUUCUAAUCUCGCAUUUGAUUUGGAAGACCUGUUGAGAGCGUCUGCCGAGGUUCUCGGGAAGGGAACCUUCGGAGUGAGCUACAAGGCAACGUUGGAGGACUCGACGAUUGUGGUAGUGAAGAGGCUGAAUCAAGUGACGGUUGGAAAACGAGAAUUCGAACAGCAGAUGGAGUUAAUUGGAAACAUUAAGCACGAGCACGUCGUUUCGCUAAGAGCAUACUAUUAUUCAAAGGACGAGAAGCUUAUGGUCUAUGAUUACUACGGACAAGGGAGUGUUUCUGCAAUGUUACACAGUAAAGAAGGAAAUGGUUUACCGUUAUUAGAUUGGGAUAGUCGGAUGAAAAUUGCGAUCGGAACGGCUCGAGGUCUUGCUCAUAUUCACACAGAAAACGGUGGAAAAUGUUCACAUGGAAACGUGCGAGCCUCAAACAUUUUCCUAAACUCUAAAGGGUAUGGCUGUGUAUCUGAUGUUGGUUUGUCUGUGUUGAUGAAUUCUAUUCCGGUACCAGCCACGAGAACGGUUGGAUACCGAGCCCCUGAGGUGACCGACACUCGGAGAGCAUCAGAAGCAGCGGAUGUGUACAGUUUCGGGGUAGUGCUGCUGGAACUCCUGACUGGAAAGUGUCCCAUACAUGUUGAAGGUGGUAAUGAAGUGGUUAACUUGGUGAGGUGGGUGAAGUCUGUGGUGAGGGAGGAAUGGACAGCAGAAGUGUUUGAUGUGGAGCUUCUGAGGUAUCCAAAUAUAGAAGAAGAAAUGGUGGAGAUGCUGCAAAUUGGGUUGUCUUGUGUUGCCAAAAUGCCCGAGGAGAGGCCGAAGAUGAUGGAUAUCGUGUCGAAAAUCGAGCAAGUUUGGCGAAUGAGCACCGGAACGGGACAAUCAUCUGGAUCAAGAUCGGCUCAUUCUACUCCAGUUCGUGUAAUGGAAAUCGGUUCGUCCUCAUAUUCACAUUCAAAUUUCUAAUCAUCUUUGUUCUGUUAUGGUGGUUACACAGUACAUAGGUUUCUUCUAUCCCCUUCUCAUAUCCAUUCAUUUAAACUGCUUGAAUUGGAGAUUGUUUUACCAUUGCAUUC